AGGAGAGGGCGUCUGUGCCGAGCGUGCUGGUUUUUGUUUGGAUCUGUGGUGUACGCGAUUGGGACAUUUUUCCACUACCCUCUACUUUAAUUUAUAGGGAACACAGUUUACCAAAAUUGGCACUGUAAUGUCAUCUCAACGCCUGGUGAGAAAAGCGUCGCACGCUGGUAGUUGGUACACCGACUCGGCACGAGAAUUAAGGUAUCAGCUUGAAAACUGGCUUUCGGCUGCGGGGCCACCAACAUUUGGGCCAGCAAGGGCAAUUAUAGCACCGCAUGCUGGCUACCAGUACUGUGGUGCCUGUGCCGCACAUGCCUACAAGCAAGUCGACCCUACUGCUGUGCGACGUGUCUUCAUCCUGGGACCUUCCCACCAUGCCCGCAUCGGGGGAUGUGGUCUUUCCCCAGCCAAAUCCUACAGAACACCAUUGUACGAUCUCACCAUAAACCAGGAAGUUUAUGAAGAACUUUACGAGACGGGUGCAUUUGAAGAGGUAUCGAUUCAUGUUGACGAGAAUGAGCACAGUCUAGAAAUGCACCUGCCUUACAUUGCGAAGGUCAUGGAAAACCAGGAGUUCACCAUUGUGCCCAUCAUUGUGGGAUCGCUGAGUCCCGAAAACGAGGCUUUUUACGGCCGACUGCUGAGCAAGUACCUUGCUGAUGCGGACAACCUUUUCGUCAUAUCCUCAGACUUCUGCCACUGGGGGGCUAGGUUUCACUAUCAGUUCUACGACAAGUCCUGGGGCAACAUCCAUCAGUCCAUUGAAAAGCUGGACAAACAGGGGAUGAGCAUAAUCGAGGAGCUUUCUCCGACUGCGUUCACCGCGUACCUCAAGAAGUAUGGAAACACCAUCUGCGGCCGCCAUCCCAUUGGGGUCCUGCUUAAUGCUGUGGACACACUCCAGAAUUCUGGAAAUGGCCACAGGAUGGCGCUCAAGUUCCUGAAGUAUGCCCAGUCCAGUCAGUGUAUGAGCAUGAGCGACUCUUCCGUCAGCUACGCUUCAGCGGCUCUCCGCCUCGAGUGAUAUUUGAAUGCCAAAGUUUUUCUGUUUCUUUGUGCACGCGCUUAUACUCACCAGUUUGUUUUUCUGUUGGUUUCCACAAUAUCUUUCAUUUAACGAUGGAUUUUGGAUGCGUGAUUAGUGUGGUGGGUGUUGUUCACUUUUUUAUAUCUGAGCAAUCACGCAGUGUGAGUGGAUGGCCUGUGAGAAGGAGUGAUUUGAACAUGUCAUAUCCACAUCACCACAGUGAAACCUUUCUUGAAUGAACACUAGUUAUUUUGUCUCAUUUGAAACAGCUCUGAGCGAAAUAAUUACUAUUCUCAUUGCUGAUGAUGGUACAGAGGCAACAGCUUUGACAGGCAGUGAUUGUUAGUGCCUCACUGGUUCAGCAGCUUGAAAUAAAAAAGACAAACAAUUUAUGGUUAAUUGUGAGAGCGAUUGAACAUCAGCCAUGCUGAACCUCCCCGUGUGCCCAAACCUGUGAUACUACUUUGACUCCAGUUGCAAUUUCGGGCUUGGAAAUUUGUGUGCACUGAAGCUAUUUUAUGCUGAAUUGACUCGCAAUGGGGUUGCUAUUGAUUAGAGUGUACUCUUUCACUUCGGCAGUUGGAGUGGCGUGGAAACAGCAAUUUGAAUGUAGCAGUUCACUUUGAUGACUGUAAUAAGUUACUCAAGCUGAUAUUACAAAUUUAUAUGUUAAGUGUGCUGAAUGUGCGGCAGUAACUGCUUUCUCGAUCUCUUGUUGUUCAUUCAAGCAAAGUAUUGCUGCACACUCGCAUUGUUGAACACAACAUGUGAUGCGCUGAAAGCUGCAAGCUUGGUAUUUGUGGUUUGCUAGUGACCACAACUGUAGGCCAAAGGUCAGUGUGGUGUUCCGGUAGAUUACCUAGUAUAGGAAAGAGCGUGUGUGAUGUAUCAGAAGUCUGCUAUUGCUGUGGAUAAGAGAGAUCGCCAUUCCCAUUGUACAGUAUGCAAGCGUAGGCUUGUACACACUAGUGUGAAAAAUGAAAAUGAAAGAUAAAAUGAGAACCGAAAGAUGUUAAUGAAUAAAUUUAAUGAUCUGGUUAAAGCAUUCUACUGCGGAGCACAAGAUUGCAGGUCCAUUUACCAGUCAUUUACCUUGGCAGCCACACUUUGAAUUGAAGGGGGGGGGGAGGGGGGAGUGGUCACAGUGCUAGUAUGCUAGUGCAACAAAUGAAACUAAUAGACAGUUAAGCCUAGGAAAGCAUAGGGGACGUUAUUUGUUGUUUUUAACUGUAGUGUUUUGGUUAUGACCUAAGUUGAAAGGAAUUACAGUGGACGAAAAAGCACCCUUUCCAUUGGUGGGAUCCGGAGCCACAGCUUCGUACUAUAUGCUAGAGCAAUAAAAUUUAGCUGCACACUAGAGAAUCCUUUGUUAUCAAAAUUAAUCUGACUCCUCACUCUACAGACUAUGUGUAGAUUUUGGAUGUAAAACCCUAUCAUUUGUUAAUGUUUGCAUCGGAACCACAACAGACAAGCUUGUAUGGUUUUCCAUGUAAAAUAGUAGUCAUCACAUAAAGCAAUCUAUAUUUAUGCUUUUUCUCACUGUCAUAUGCUUAUAGCAGGCAUUGGACCCAUUGAAGGUACAGUUUAACCUCAUAAAAUCAAUGGAUAUUCUGACACAGUGGCGCAGUGACACAGUAGGGCAGACAACCAGUGGUCAGUUAGAGCAACCUAAUGGUUACCGAGGGAUGGGAAACUCGGCUGAGGACGGCAGCGAGUUAAGCAGGGUAGGGAAAUUAAAAAGUUUGCAGAGAUAGAAUAGGAUCUCUUUGUGCGGGAUAGGGUGAAUUGGAGAUCAUUGGCAGAGGCCUUCGUCCUGCAGUGGACAUGAAGUAGUCUGAUGAUGAUGAUGAUGGAUGUUGGUUGGCCAGGGCGUGGUUACCUUUCUGAAUUUUUAUUCUGCAUGAGAAAUCUGAUCCCAUAAUAACUUUCUUACAGGGGUGCUGUUAGACAAUUUUAGCAGAAUGAUUUUUGUUCACUGCUAUGCUCACACUCACCUACACAAGGAGCAGCAGUGGUGUGAAUUAAUUUUAGCUACUUGUCAAAGCAGUUGUACCAAGAAGUGCAGCACUCUUUUCAUGGGAGAACAAAUAUGAUGCCAUGAAAGGAAACGUCUACCGUUUUCUCUAAAAUUGUGCUGACCACCCAAAUGUUUUAUGCCAACGUAAAUUGGUAACUUAUGUGAAGUUGAUGUAUUUUUCGGGUGUCAUACACUUGUCUUUAAAGCAAUUGCAUGUCCUCUAAAUUUAACACUAGUCAAUAAACAAGAAAUUAUGUUGCAUCUGAAUAUUUACUUCAGUCGCAGCAUAUGUAGUCGGGUGCACGACUUAUGAACAAGAUUUUGUCCAGCAAUGCAUAAAUGAAGACAUGUACAAAAAAAAGCAUGAGCUGUGGUUCAAUUGAUUUUGCUGUUGAGAUAAUGUGGCUCCAUUGCACUCUAGUGGGCAGAGUAUUGCUGUACCUGACCCCUUUGCUGAAGGCAUUCUCUUGUUUUUUUUAGAUGCAUCACGUUCUGUCAGCAGCAUGAAGGAAUGCUUCUUUCUGUCGUUCCUUGUAGCCAGUAAUUAACGUUUGCAGGGCCAUUGAGGCUGUGAUUGUGUAAAAGACGUACACUGGUGAUUGUGAAGUAAAUAGGGGCUUAAUUACUUUAAUUAUGAGAUGCACUAGAAGGUGUACAACUAAAUAUUGUUCUACCUUGAUUUUCUUUUGCUGGUAUUGGAUGUACCUUGGAACAUAGUACAAGUUCGACACAUUAACUGAAGGUCCGUCAUAAUUUGUCGCUGAAGAUGAUGUGGAAGCAAAUGCAGCUUAUGAUAGGUUUUGCAGUUGAGGAACUUAAUUGUUGGAGUCAGAGAGUAGACUUUGUUAUGUUAUGCUGGCAGUAUUAGUGAAUAUAUGGUACCCUUUGUGUGCUGCCCUCUAACUGGCCAUGGUGAGCAGAAAAUGGUCAGCUAACAAUAUUGGCGGCCAUGGGUGAUGUGUAUGUCCUCAUUUGUUGAUAAUAUCAAACACGUAAUGGUAAAUAAAUGCAGUGGUUAGUGUCCAAUUUUUAGACUUCCUAGGAGCUGUGAAGUAGUUUGAGAAAUUGUGUACAUAGAAAAUUUGACGCAUACCUUUUUAGCGCCCUCAAAGGCUUGUGUCGCCACAGCUGUGUCCGAAAUAGUUCUCAAGGCCGGUCAUUUUCUAUAGUCGGAUACAACUUAAGUCCGGAGAGGCCCCGCUCAAAUGAUUGAAGCGUGGCAGCCGAUGGCCCCCGCGACUGAAGAAAUAGUCCCGCUCUUGCAGCUGGCAUCGUUCUUCGAAGGCGGGGUCACCGGCCACCCGGCUUAUGACGUCACUGUAGAGAGUGCUCGCCCAUUGGGCCAAGCCUGUGUGCAUCCACCUUUGUUCUAUCCGACUAUAGGCAUCUUGAUGCUUGUACUGUGACAGACGACAGCAGUUGCACACAUGUAUAUAAAUAUUAAAAAAAGAAACAAGAAAGAACAUGCUGUUUCCUGUGACAGCGGCCCCUCUAUUCUUGCUAUGCUUCACUGCGAUAUGUUGCAUAUUCUUGACCGCAUAACACAUCUGCAUUGCGGUGAAGCUGAAUAUUGGGGACUGCUACAGCUGCAAGCAAAUUGUCACAUGAGAGUGCUGUUAGCAGGCUGCGAUGUAAUGAACAGGUCAGCGGUAGUGACUUUGAAUAAUGCGAUUUCGAACCUGCAAUAACUGCAAAAAGCCGGAAACUAGAAUUGGGAAGGGUUUCUGCAUCUAAACAAAUGUAUUGUGAAGGUGUCUGAAGUAUUUGUCAUUGACUGUACUGAACGUAAAUAUGGAACAAUGAACCGGUGAUAACAAAUGAAUGGUCAGCGUGUCGUGCUUGUGUGAAAAAUUACAUGUAUAUUUUGUUUCCUGUAUUGUGGAGAAGCACUUGAUAAAGGAAAAAACAA